AUGGCUAAACACUACUUCAAGCUCAAAUUCCCUCGGGUUAUUCCUCUAAUCCAAUUCUGUCGUCCCAAACACCAUGCCACUUUACCGGCAAUUUACCGGCUGUCUCCCGUCAACUCCAAAGCCUUGGACAUCGGCUACCCCAACCUCCUCCCAUCCCCACCACCGUCCACACCCGAACACCCCUCCAUCAAGCGCCGCGAGUCAACCAAUAUGAGGACCAAAUCCUCCCGCAUCGGCUGCGGAUCAUGCAGGUCCAGGUCAUGCACGCGAUAUAUCUCUGACUGCAACGUCGAGAUCAAAUCAUCUGCAGAUUACGAGCGCAACAACAAUUAUAUGUCCCCGAUUUCGGAGACCGAGAAGUACUACAAAAAGAAACGCAAGGAGAAGAAGAAGAGAGCCAAAGCGAAAGCCGAGCUUCCUUUUAUAACUACUUCUUCGGGAAACUACGGUAACUGGUUCAGCGGCGAAUUCGAAGGAGACGAAGAAAACAACGAAGAAAGCGAAACUCCAGUUUACUCUUCCAGAAGCUUCUCGAACGAAUUCUCACUAGUGUUAGAGAGUAUAGCAGAGAAAAUGUCAGACAAACAGAACAGCCUGCAAAAGAAGAAGAACAAGAAAACUAAUAAUGUUGAUUAUAAUAGCAGCAACACAAAGAAGGUUCGGAGAGCCAAUUCGGAUUCGGAUUUGAAGAAAUUGACGAGUGGUGAGAUUGGGAGGAUAAAGACGCUGUUGCGGCCGAUGAGGGCGUGCAGGGGAAAAGCAGGGAAGGUGAGAGAGAGCAUGGCGGUGGUGAAGAAGUCGGAGGAUCCGUACGAGGACUUUAAGAGGUCGAUGAUGGAGAUGAUCAUGGAGAAGCAGAUUUUCGAGGCUAAAGAGUUGGAGGAGCUUCUUCACUGUUUCUUGACUUUGAACUCCCGCCACUAUCAGAGGGUUAUUGUGGAGGCCUUUUCUGAGAUUUGGGAGCUCUUGUUUUCUGAUCCUUCAGACCAAUUGGGAAAGUUGAAGACUGAAUAUAAAUAUAUAUAA